GUGAUCUUUAAAUCUUCAUAAUCUUGCAUAAAUCGUUUUAAUGGCACGUUGAACCCAAAACUUGAGGUCCAAUUUUGAUGGAAAUGUUUCCGUCUCAAAAAUCUAUAUCAUGUUGUGACAUUUAGAAUCCGCAUUUUAUACCAUUUUUGUUGAAAUCCAGCAGUGCUAUCCUUCCUGUUUUGAACGGAUGGUUUUUUAAUGCAACUAUCCCUAACCUGUAUGCUUAUAUCUUAUACCAGACCAUAACGUUAUCAGAACAAGGCGGGUUAUUAAAUUAGUUCAAUUGCGCGUAACUAACGGGUUUGUAUUAUCUUUUUCGUUACCCUCUUGUUUCGAAACCGUACAAGUGCAUUCGUUAUAGAAAGAAAGAGACAUUUUUUCUACAUAACCCAUUACGUAACGUCAGCUAGAUGUGACGUAAUUGUAAUUACGAUAAAAACUUGAUCGAGCUGCAGUUUUAUUCCAGCAAUGAAAGAAGAUUGAAGUCGUCUAUUGGGCAAACUUUUUUUUAUUUGUGGGCGUGGCUUGUCUUGAAACAAGAAAACUAACGACAGACAAUUAUUCAGCCUCAACUUAGAUGAACAGUUCACCCGUUGGGCAGACUCAAGGCCAUCAUUUCUCUUCUCAGAGCAAGCUGCAAACUCCCCCAGUUCCAGACCGGAAAUCAACCACCCGCCUAUUCCAGCCUAACAACUCUUCCUCCUCGAAUCAAUCUUCGCCUAAACAACAACACCAAAGCUCCUCGUCUCCGACUGGAUCCGUGGGCGGCGGCGGCGGCGGUGGGAAGAUCGCGAAGCACGCAAGUUGGAACUCACUACACACACGAAGAUAUUCUGACAUCUCGCUGCCUAAUCCGGCAACACAAUCGCCACCGGGUCCUCCCGGAACGCAACAGGCAACUCACGGGAUACCUAGCAGUGGUUUUUCGGGCGGACCGGGAAGUGUUAACGGAGGGGGGACUAUACCCGGCGGACUUCUUCCACAGUCGAUGGGUGGUGUCGGGAUGUUCAGCUGGCAACUAAGUGACAGUCGGCUCUUCGGAAUGCAAGCUCAACCUAUGACAUCUGGAGUAUACGGGGGUUAUAUGUCACGUGAAAUGCAGAGUUCGAGCCGGUCUUCUCUGGCUAAUAGUGUCAUUUAUGAGAUGCUGGAAUUGGAUCCAGAACUGUUCAAUGUGACCUUAGACUCUGAAGUACAAAGUGUGAAAGAGCUUUUGGACGAUGUAAAAGAGCUCUACGCUGAAAAAACAAACCAACUUGUUCGAUCGGUUCUUUGCAGUAUAACAGCACUAUCAGACGUCACAGAAAACAGUAAAAUCACAGCUGCUUUUAGCAGUCGCAAGACCGAAUUGUGUGAACACAGCAAUCAAUUCACGCGUGCUUCCCAUAAAAGUACAAUCAUCGAUGAUGGCGACUCUGAAAAUGAUUCCGAUGACAUAAGUAUCAGCGGUGCUCAGGCGUUCGGAGCUAACAUGAGUCGCGAAGCAACGUUGAAAGCGUCGCCAAUUGGUGUCGUAAUAACUGACUCCGAGCAACACCUGGUCGACGGGGAUCCGCCGUCUCUGGCGUCGCCAGGAGUCGACAACAUCGGCAGGAGCCGCAUAUCUGGAUCCUCAACGUCGGCAAAGGACUCCGGAUCUUUGCAGCGUUCAAACUGCGUUGACAUAAAUGAUGUCUAUAACCUUGUUGAAAACAACUUGAACGAAGAAGUCGACCAAUUAAGGCAGCAUGUUAGAGAAUUGGAAGAAAGCUUGACGCAAUUGAAAGAUGAUUUGGAAACGAAAGAUAAAGACCUGAAGGACAAAUCAGAGCAGUUUCAAAAUGAGAGAAAAACACUGAGCGAUACAUGUGAGAGACUAGGGCAGGAAAAUCAGGCGCUGAAAGAUGACAACCAGAAGUUGAACGAGACUCUGCGGAUGUUGCAGUACGAGAACAGCAUGAUCAGAAGCAAAUGCGUCUGCCACUUCCACGGCGGAAGUCUUCAGCAAAUCCCAAUGGGCUUUGUAGAACAGAAUCCGUGGACUCCCAAACAUGUUAAAACAGCAUCUAUUGUACAAUCUCAAGCGAACAGACGGAGGAACGCAUACCAGGAUCCCGACGAAAAUGACGACGAGGACUCUGUUGGUUCUCAUCUUGCGCCUCUUGAAGAUGUCACGACUCCUGUUCAAUCUACUAAAGUUUUGGGUCCUUCUUCGAAGUACAGGUCAAACGUGUCAUCUCAGCAUUCAAUGGACCAGGAUAAAAGCGGGGACUUUUUGGGAGGCUCUGGAUCUCAAAGAAUGAAGGGACGAGGAUCUGGGAAGAACGGAGUGGCUCCAGGGAUUCGAAGUCUGGAUGUGGAGGCUGAUUUUGAAGACACCCCUAUGGGUUCAAAGAAGUCUUCCUGCGCCAACACAGAUGUUGACUCGACCCCCAGUAUGUCUGCCUCGGGGACUAGCAUUCUGGGCUCCGCCCCCUUCAACCCCAAUGUCACUGACACCACCUCCUCCCCCUACUCCUCCGAGGGAACCAGUCUCAUGAUGAACCAGUCCCACCCCCAUCACACUAACCCAAUGAUGCACCCCUCAUACAAUCCAUACUACACGCAGCCAAUGCCAAAUCACCCUGGCCAGCUUCCAGUUCCGUUCACAAGUCAGAAGUCAGUUUCGGCAGAACAGAUCGCCGCUUUCAGUCCCUUCCCAACGAACUCACUCCAGCACGACAGACUUGCCCUUCUAGCUGCAUCUGGAGCAACGGGAAUUAGGACGAAAAACCGACAUUCAAGUGCUGGUCCAGCUGGUUCCUAUUCGACUAUGGGAGCCUUCGACCCAAUGAGGAGUCCGAAUCAUUUCAGCACUGUUCAGACUCCGAGACCCGGCCGCGCGAGUGUCGCGGGGUCUAACUUCGAAGCAGCUCUUCGGACUCCGAGAGACACGAGACGACAUUCGGUUUCGUCAUCAGUGUACAACCUGUCUCUAUCAGACGCGCACAAUCAGCAGCAGGGUCAAUCUACCUCUCUUUCCAGCAUGCAACAACAGCAACCAUCCUCAGAGUACUUUGUCAAGGUCAAACUCGACACCCACAUCUCCACGUGGUCCUCAGAUUUUACGCACGAGUGGCUCAAAUUUGACCUCAAAGUGAACGAACACGUGAUCGCCAACUUUGUCAAAAAUGUCAAGGAUGCCCCUACAUUGCUGCGUGUGAAGCAAAAUGAGUUCAAAUCCAUCCUGGGAAUCACAGACAAGUUCGAGCGGAAAAGAGUCUACUGUGCCCUCUCAUUUCUCAACAAGUACACUCCUCCCAACAGUCGGGUUCCGGCUAACGAGGAGAUGAGGAACCUGUUACACCUGGACUAUGACUGGAUGUGCGACUUCUUCCUAGAGUUUGUCGGGCUAGCCGAAUACAGAAGGGAGUUCCUGCGUAGCCGGGUGGACGGGGUGUUUCUCAACGGGAUGAGUGCGGACGACAUAGAGUACGUGAUUCAGAAUGAGGGCAAGAGCAGCAAGGCCACUAAGCAGUGUGCAGUCAGCAUCUGGUACGGAUGGCAACUCAUGAAACUUCUCCGGUACGACGAAAAGACUCUGAAGAAACGGAUGUUGUCGUGUAGAAAUUGGGACAGUGACCCCAUAGUUUGGAGCAAUGACCGCUUCUUCGAGUACCUCAAGCAACAGAACUUCGAGGCAGAGGCCAAAAACCUCAACGGACUAGGCAUCCACGGCGCCCUUUUGGUGCUUUCAAAGUCGUUCACGAUUGAGAAGUUGUUUGACAAAAUGAAGCUGAACAACUCGAAGCAGUACAGUAGAGCACGUGAAAACUUGUACAGGAAGCUGAACAAUUUGCUAUCAAGUCCAAGGCAACAGGCCAUGGAACGUUUGGAAGCCCUGCAAAACCAGCAGUCGGGCCAAGGUGCCAAAGACUCGUCCAAGAGCAGAAGUGUGCCGGCGCUACUCGGAUAUGCAACGAGAGGAACACUAACUAACUAGCUUAUUAAUUAACUUAUCAUCACUCCUAUCUAAGCAUAGUCCGGGCUGACAAUUUCUGGCAAAGCUAAUCAAGAUUUCGUUCUUUCAAAUUGUCGUUUUGAAACAAUGAACCUACAAAAACAUUUGUUUAGAUAUAUU